CAGCAGGAGGAAGUGCAGCGAUUGCUGCUGCAUGCGGACGCCUACGCGUUUGGAAUGCUGGUGAUGGAGAUCCUCACGGGAUAUUACCCGAUUGUGCUGUAUCGGGAUGGAAAACAGGUCAGGCUGGAUGACGCGAAUUGGGGGUACAUGAUCGAGCAGGGCUAUCGUGUAAGAGUGAAUUCGGCGUUGAGGAGGGAUGAAAUCAUUUAUGGAAUUGUGGAGGAUUGUUUGAAGAGUGGAAAUGAGCGACCGGAGAUGCCCGAGAUUUUCAAGCGAGUGGAGGAUUGGUAUAAGCAAGAGACGGUUUGCAUUUGGAAUGUGUAGUUAUUUGUA